GUAGCUGCAGCGGCGGCCGCAGGAGUUUCCCACAAUGCAGCGCGGCGCGCUGUCCCCGGUGCUGAUGCUUAGCGCUGCCCCGGAGCCUCCACCGCGCCCGCCUCCCGCCCUUUCCCCGCCGGGCCCCGGCUCAGCGCCUCGCCAUGGCUCUGCUCGGUCGGGUCCUGCUCCAGAGCCGUCUGGGGGCCUGGCCGCGGCGCUCGACAGCAGCCUGCGGGCUGCCGUGGCGUUCAAGGCGGAGGGUCAGCGCUGCUACCGAGAGAAGAAGUUCCGAGAAGCCAUUGGCAAAUACCACCGAGCACUGCUGCAGUUGAAGGCGGCUCAAGGGGCCCGCCCUGGCGGUCUGCCCGCCCCCUCCCCGGGACCCACCACCAGUCCGGGGCCCGCCCGUCUUAGUGAGGAGCAGCGGCGCCUGGUGGAGAACACAGAGGUUGAAUGUUACGACUCCCUCACUGCUUGCCUCCUGCAGUCGGAGCUGGUGAACUAUGAGCGUGUGCGUGAAUACUGUCUCAAGGUGCUGGAGAAACAGCAGGGCAACUUCAAGGCCACCUAUCGUGCCGGCAUUGCCUUCUAUCACUUGGGUGAUUAUGCACGUGCGCUGCGAUACCUACAGGAGGCCCGCAGCCGAGAGCCCACAGACACCAAUGUUCUCCGAUACAUCCAGCUGACUCAGCUGAAGAUGAACCGUUGCAGCCUCCAGAGAGAAGACAGUGAUAGUGGCACUGGAAGCCCGGCUCGGAAUGUCGUGGGCUGAGGCCAAGGGGCAGCUUCUACCUUAUUCCCUCCAACCUCACCGGGCAACUUCCCUUGACUCAUGUGUUUACUGGUAAAGCACCUGCCACUGGU